CCUUCACUUUGCUCAAUAGCUAGUUCCUCUUCAUAGUUCUUGUUCCUGUGUCUGACCUACCCUUCAUCUUCCUUAAACAACAUGUUGGGGAAAAAGAUGGUAUCUUUCAAGAAACUGGCAAAAAAGGUGAAGGGUGUAGGUGGAUUUGACCCUGCUCAUCAUGAGGGUUUGCUCAAGAACUAUGAAGAAAAAUGUGUGACUAACUCACCCCCAACAGGGUUUUUUGCUCUUUAUGUUGGAGAAGAGCGUCAAAGAUACGUGGUUCCAACUCGCUACCUUUCUCACCCCUUGUUCAAGAUGCUGCUGGAGAAGGCUUACAAUGAGUUUGGGUUUUCGCAGAGGAAUGGCCUAGUUGUUCCAUGCAGUGUUUCAACGUUUGAGGAGGUGCUGAAUGCUAUAGAAUGCAACAAUGGCACGUUUGACCUGGGAAAGUUUUUUGCAGAGUUUGUUUGAACCGCAGAAAACACAAAGUCUCUCAUUUUUUUCGAGAAGUCUAAUUCAAUCAUACAAAAUCGAUUUAUAAGACGAGGUUUGCAUGUGAGAGUGCGUGUAAUACCGAAUAGAUAUAGCUUUAACUUUUAACUUUGGAUGAUGUUGUUGUUGCAACAUUUUCAGAUAGAAUAGAUCUGACCUGUAAUAUAAUGAUUCAGUGAACUUUCGAUAUUGGUUUAUCUUUUGCCUUCUGU